AUGGCGGGGUCUGGCGGAGGGUCCUGUCCCUGGGAGCUCAAGACCCCGAGUCUGGUUGGGGUAACCAGCCCGGGUCCUCGUCCCCAGAGGUGCUGGGCACUGGGAGGGUUCCUGUGCCUGCGCUCUGAGAACGUCCUGCUCUUUGCGGCGGGCAUCACCAUCCUGGGUGUGUGCCACUACACGCUGACCGUCAAGGGCAGUCACCUGGCCACGCACAGUGCGCUCACCGGCUCCAAGCGCUGGAGUAGGCUCUGGUUGCUCUUCUUUGUGGAGCUCCUCUACUACGUGGCCAGCACCGUGCGGCGGCCCCACGCCGUGCUCUAUCGAGACCCCCACGCGGGCCCGAUCUGGGUGCGGGGCUCCCUGGUGCUCUUUGGCAGCUGCACCAUCUGCCUCAAUGUCUUCCGCAUGGGCUAUGACGUGAGCCACAGCCACUGCAAGUCCGAGCUGGAGCUCCUCUUCCCGGCCAUCGAGAUCGUCUUCAUGGGCAUCCAGACCUGGGUUCUCUGGAAACAUUGUAAGGACUGUGUGCAGGUGCAGACCAAUCUCACCAGGUGCGGCCUCAUGCUGACCCUGGCUACAAACCUGCUGCUGUGGGUACUGGCUGUGACCAAUGACUCCAUGCACCGUGAGAUCGAGGCGGAGCUCAGCGCCCUCAUGAAGAAGUUCUCAGGCAACGAGACCAACACCUGCCUGUGCCUGAACGCCUCGGUGUGCGAGGUCUUCCGGAAGGGCUACCUGAUGCUCUACCCCUUCAGCACCGAGUACUGCCUGCUCUGCUGCGCGGUGCUCUUCGUCAUGUGGAAGAACGUGGGCCGCCGCCUGGCCGCCCACGCGGGGGGCGCGCGCCCGCCCGGCCCGCCCUUCCACCUGCACGGGGCCAUCUUCGGGGCGCUGCUGGGCGUGCUGGCGCUGGUGGCCGGCGUGUGCAUCUUCGUGCUUUUCCAGAUCGAGGCAAGCGGCCCCGAGAUCGGCCGCCAGUAUUUCACCCUCUACUACGCCUUCUACGUGGCCAUCCUGCCCGCCAUGAGCCUGGCCUGCCUGGCGGGCACCGCCAUCCACGGGCUGGAGGAGCGGGAGCUGGACACGGUGAAGAACCCCACCCGCAGCCUGGAUGUGGUGCUCCUGAUGGGCGCCACGCUGGGCCAGGUGGGCAUCGCCUAUUUCUCCCUCGUGGCCAUCAUCGCCACCCGCCCACGCGAGCUGCUCAACCAGCUCAUCCUGGCCUACUCGCUCCUGCUCAUCGUCCAGCACAUGACCCAGAAUCUCUUCAUCAUCGAGGGCCUGCACCGCCGCCCGCUCUGGGAGGCGGUGCCCGAGGACCUGUCGGGAAAGCCGGAGCCGCGGUCUCCCCACCGGGGCUCCCUGAUGGAGCUGGGCCAAGGCCUGCGCCGGGCCUCCUUAGCCUACAUCCACUCCUACAGCCACCUCAACUGGAAGCGGCGGGCCCUCAAGGAGAUCUCGCUCUUCCUCAUCCUCUGCAACAUCACGCUGUGGAUGAUGCCGGCAUUUGGUAUACACCCCGAGUUUGAGAACGGGCUGGAGAAGGAGUUUUAUGGCUACCGGACAUGGUUCACCAUCGUCAACUUGGGCCUGCCCCUGGGGGUCUUCUACCGCAUGCAUUCCGUCGGGGGCCUGGUGGAGGUCUACUUGGGGGCCUGAGGAUGCCCACCCAUCCCCCCCCCGAAGAACCGGAAGUGCCGAGGCAGAGAAAAAGGCAGCGGAGGAUCCUAUCCGGAGGCUGCUCAGAAGGCAGGGUGCCAUCUUGGGGGCUCCAGGACAGGGGCGGAGCCUGCACACUGCCCGCCAGACGGCCAUGGCCAGGCCUGAGCUCCUGCCUGCCCCGUGCCCCAGGCACCAUCCAAGCAGCCAAGGGGGCCCCCCCAGAAGCCUGGCAGGGGCCCUUGCUGCUUCCCUCUGGGCGAGUCACUUCUAAGUGACAGUCUUGUGG